ACCCAAUGUGAUCUUUGGGGUCGUGAUGGAUGGUCCUGAUUUAGCAGCCGGGUUGAUGUUUUUAAAAGAAAUAGGUGUGGUGGUUGUAGACAAAGGAUUUUCUCCCCAUAUGGCGUAACCAGAAUUACAGAGAAGAUUGAUGAGGUGAUGAUGUGCGAAGUGGCUGUGAUUGGGAUAUUUCAAUGAAGAGGAGGAGGAAAAGAGAGAGAGAUUCAACAUGGGGGGUUUCUCAACAAACAAUUUCAAGGGCUUUGUUUUGGCACUGUUAUCAAGUGGGUUCAUAGGCGCAAGCUUCAUCAUCAAGAAGAAAGGCCUUAGAAGAGCAGCUGCUGUUUCUGGGGUUAGAGCUGGAGUUGGUGGGUAUGCUUAUCUAUUGGAGCCUUUAUGGUGGUUGGGCAUGAUCACAAUGAUUGUGGGAGAGGUUGCAAAUUUUGUGGCAUAUGCAUUUGCCCCAGCUGUUCUUGUUACCCCUCUUGGGGCAUUAAGUAUCAUUGUCAGUGCUGUGUUGGCACACUUUAUCUUGAAGGAGAGGUUGCACAAACUAGGGAUUUUGGGCUGUGUUAUGUGCAUUUCUGGUUCUGUCAUAAUUGUUAUCCAUGCACCACAGGAGCGUGCUAUCUCAUCUGUUCAAGAAAUAUGGAAUAUGGCAACACAAACAGCUUUUCUGCUUUAUGUGGGUUCUGUGGUCGUGGUGGUUUUCAUUCUCAUCUUCCAUUUUGCACCACAAUGUGGAAGCACGAAUGUCCUAGUUUUCACCGGCAUUUGUUCAUUGAUGGGGUCUCUCACGGUGAUGAGUGUUAAAGCCCUGGGAACUUCACUGAAGUUGACCUUUGAGGGAAAGAACCAGUUAAUCUUUCCGGAGACUUGGUUUUUCAUGGUGGUGGUGGCUAUUUGUGUCAUCACACAGAUGAAUUAUCUCAACAAGGCUCUUGAUACUUUCAACACUGCAGUUGUAUCCCCCAUAUAUUAUGUCAUGUUCACAUCGCUUACAAUCCUUGCUAGUGUGAUAAUGUUCAAGGAUUGGGAUGGUCAAAGUGGAGGAAGCAUCAUAUCAGAAAUAUGCGGCUUUAUUGUUGUGCUCUCUGGAACCAUCUUAUUGAAUGUGACCAAAGACUAUGAGGAUUCAUCCUUUAGAGGUAUCUAUCAUCCACCUCUAUCUUCUUCAUUGUCAGCACGACUCUGCAGUGGAAACGGGGAAUUGCUAAAGCAUGAUGAGGAAAAUUUAGUAUCUCCUGAUGAAAUUUGCUUAAGAAGACAAGAACUUUACUAGUAGAGGGCAAAAACUCCAGAAAAAAGCCCACCCACUUCCUUUAAACCCAGAGCAGGGCGAAAUCCAAGUGAAAGUUCUAAGAACUCUGACAUGAGAUGAUAACAAUCUCAAUGUUGUUAAUGCCAGAAUCAUGGGAAGCUAUCAAGACUCGUUCGGUUGGUUAUUUUGUGGCUCCUGCAAGUUGGCGGGAUUUCAUCAUUUACAAUUCCCAUGUGCAGUGUCUUGGUUGGCAAUUGAUGCUUACAUUGCAGGGUGCAUAUGUACAGUGUUUAUGGCCAUAGAGAAGUUGGUGACUGGGAAGUAGAAUCGGUUCCUCAGUGACCUAGAGACCUAGAUUUCAGCGAGGAAAGCCGAGCAGUGUCUGUACCAUUAAAAUUUGGUGUUGUAAUUUCUUGUGUUCAAUUCUUUCUGGGUGUAUUUCCUUGCAACAAACACAUGAUGCAGAAUAUUUGGUGGUAGCUCAAUAAACAUCAUGAUGUUCAUCUGCCA